AUGAUUAUCUACGAGCCUAUGCUUCCAAAAGACGUAUUAAGCCUGGAUUUGGCAAAUCUCGAUGCCAAGUCUGAAAACUUCACUUUUAGCUAUUAUAUGGGCUAUCUUCUCAACCAUCCAUGCGAUUUCUUCACUGUUAGAAGUUUCUUUCCCUUCCUUUCUCAACACACUAGCAUGAUUUUUACAAAUCCUAUUCUUGGCUAUGCCUUUGGAAGGAAGGAGCUAAAAGAGAAGCUCUGCUACCAUCUCAGUGCCAUUUCAGUUGCACCUUCUGCCAGGGAGCUUGGAAUUGGGACCAAGCUUAUGAGGCUGUUUGAAUGCACCGGGAAUUCAUACGAGGCGUGGUUUAUUGAUCUUUUUGUCCGAGAAUCCAACAAGUUGGCAAUUUCAUUCUAUAAAAGACUGGGAUAUGUUGUAUACCGCACCAUAUUCGAUUAUUACAUGUAUCCCAGGGAAAAUGCCUUUGACAUGAGACUUUCGCUAGACAAGGAUAGUAAUAAGGAACUUUUAAAAUCUGGUGAAGAUGUGAAUGUGGAGAAUUUGAAAGAGUACUAUUAA